AUGACAAGUAAUCCAGUACAAAAAACAAACGAAACAACCGAUAAUAAAGAUGUGGUUGUAUCAAAUGAUACAUCAACACAAUCAUCAUCAAAAGUUCAAACUAAACUAAUGUCUCGAUUUUGUAUAUCAAUUGAUGAUGAUCCAAUUAUUUUACUUAAUAUUGGUGGUAUACAUAUGUCAACAAGACGAUCAACAUUAAUGUGUAUACCAAAUACAGUUCUUGCUUUAGCUUGUACGAAUUCAUGGUCAGAAAAAAUAACACAUGAUAAUGAUGGACGUUUAUUUUUUGAUUGUGAUCCAAAUUUAUUUCAAUUUUUACUUAAUCAAUUACGUGAAUGGUCAUCAUCAACACGUAAAGUAUUUGAAUUACCACGAAAUGAAUAUGAUCGACAAAGAUUUCGUUUAUUAUGUUAUCAAUUUAAUUUUCAUCGAGAUUUAAUUGAUGGUAUACAUCGACAUGAAAAAUUUCAUAAAUUAUGUGGACAUAUUUUACUUGAUGAACAUAGUUCUGUUGCUAUACAUGCUGGAAAUUAUCGAUAUGGUGAAUGUCGAGGAAUUAACGUUUAUUCAUCUGGUAUUAAUCGUAUAAUAUUAAGAUUAAAACAUGAUUCAAUGGAACAAUAUAAUACAUUUAUUGGUAUUAUUUGGUCAAGUACUCCAAUGCAAGAAAGAUCUUUUGAAUCGCCAACAGCCUAUGGUUGGGCAGGUGGAAAACAAGUUUAUUUAAGAGGUAUACCAUCAUGUAUACAAGGUUAUGGUGGAUAUGAUUCAGAUAUGUGUACGAAUGAUACAAUUGAAUUAAUAUUAAAUUGUCAAUUAAGUUUUAUUUCAAUAUUGAAUCAUCGAACAAAAAAAUUGUAUCAAAUACCAAUUGAUACACGUGAAGGUUGUCCAUUUCCUUGGCAAUUACAUAUUAAUUUAUGUGAACCUGAUGAUCGAGUGAAAAUAGUUAAUCCAACAUAG